AACUACAUAUGUAUUCACUGUUACAUUAGCACUGAUCUACGUAGUAUGCCGUAUGAUUAUUUCAAGUCUUCCUUUACACGGUAAAAUAAACUGAUGGAUAAAUUUUAUUGAUCCGGUUUAAAAUAAUACGUGGAAUCUCGGAAGAUCAUUUUUAUUCAUAAUCAAGCAUGCGAUAUUUAUUCUAAUAAACAUAAGUUAAAGCAUUCCGGAAGUUUAUAUGUGUUCGAUAAUAGAUUCGAAGGUAGGAAUGUGGUCAAUUAAAUGUAACUGAUUUUGUAAUGUAAAUUUAACGAAACGAAAAUUUAAUCUAAAUGAUCGUCAGAUAGUGAAACGUUUAAUCAAAUAUGACAAAAUUAAGUCCACACGUAGAUUCAAAAUUAUCAAAUGACGUAAUAGUCAAAUUACAAGAUAAACACAUUUCUACUAUUAUACAAUUUAUAAAUGAAGAUUCGGAGAAAUUGGCAAGAUUCACAGGAUUGUCGAUUAAAGAUAUUUACGAAAUUAAAACAAAUAUUUACAUCAAGUUUGGAGGUAGAAUAAAGAGUGCCUCUGAUGUUUAUGAGAUAGAACAGAAUUAUAUAGUUCCUACUAAUAUAUCAAGUUUAGACAAUCUAUUAAAAGGUGGUUUACACCCUGGCCAAAUAUAUGAAUUUUGUGGCGUACCUGCAAGUGGGAAAACCCAAUUAUGUUUAACAAUUGCAGCCAAUACUGCCCUUGAACCUCGCAAUCUUGUAAGAUACAUUGAUACAAAGAGAGAUUUUUCUGCUUCAAGGAUAGAACAGAUCUUACUAAACAAAAACUGUGAUGAGCAGAUCAUAAACGAAACUAUGGAACGAAUAAGAAUAUCUUGCAUACACGAUUGGCAACGGUUGACCGAAGUUUUGGAAUACUUAGUAUUUAAUUUGAAAGAGGAAAGGAAAACAGGCUAUCGCACAAGAAUCAUAAUCGUUGACUCUCUACCAGCGAUCAUUUUUCAUCUCUCCCGAGACCAUAAGGCCACGACGAUUUCACUAAAUAAGUUUGCAAAUAUAUGCCAUUUUAUUGCAAGAGAAUUUUGUUUGUCAUUCGUAACUGUUAAUUUGAUCACUCAGUGGAACAACACAGCGAUACCUAAAAGCAGUAAAGAUUGUAACGAAGUUUUCCCAAAUUUAGGAAAAUACUGGGCACGUGUGCCUAACACGAGAUUAUUGAUAGAAAAAAAGGGACUAGCGGGUAGAAGACUUUCGAUUUGGAACAGUUCCCAAUUGGAAGCGAACCUUUCAUGUAAUUUUGUUAUAAGUAGUAACGGUGUUUCGUGUUCGUAAAUAAAUCGUGUAUGAAUCGAG